GGUAUCCACAAGCCAGAGUGUAACCGUGAAACUUGUGCAAACUAAAUAAACAUGGAGACCAACAAAUCCUCGAGCUCUGCCGAAGUAUCCCUGCGAAGCCCCGGCGAACCCACGCCGACCGUGCUGGAGGAACAGCGAACGGGCAUCGUAAGCGAACUGACGGCCGUUUCGGUCGCCGUGGCUGUGGCUGCCUCCGAUAAGUCCCACACUGACCGAAGCUCGUUUGCGGACAAUCUAGAGGAGGCGCUCAAGGAGAAGAACAUCCCCGUACGGAAGAACCUCUCGCAGGAGGAAGAGGAUGUCGGCGAUGAGGAGGAGGAGGUGUGCGAAGAAGAGGAAGUUGUUGAGGAAGAAGAGGUAGAAGAAGAAGAGGAAGUUGAAGAAGAGCAGGAAGAAGAGGUACCCGUAAAGUCUGUCGAGGUGAAGCAGCAAACAGUCGAGCCACCGCAGCCGGUAAGUAGGCUGGGUGAAGGAAAGACUGCGAAAGAUCCUGCACCGACUCCUGGCAAGGAAGAACCAGUAGAAAAGGAGACCACGGAGGUUGAGACAAAGAAGGAACUCGAAAUUUCUCCCACAAAAGAGGUAGGCAAGCAGCUUGAAGUCGAGCAGAACGUAAGCUCGGCAACAUCGGAGUCUACCUCCAACGACAUAGAACCUACACCUCAGUCACAGGUCAGCGAGGAGGGACAUGAAACUGUGGCCAGCGAAGGAAAGGAAACGAUAACGGUUGAAAAGACAUUCACUGAGGUUUCGAAGUCGCAGAGUCACCAGGAAUCCACGAGCGGCGAGCUGACGGCUGAGCAUGGUGAUAAACCGAUGGUGCCACCCCAGACGUACCUCUGGGAGGAGGUCAAGAAGUCCAAGGAACAGGUAAGCGAUGGUGGCUAUCCCUGGACUCACCUUUACAAGGGUGACCUUGAGGAAGGAGCGCAAGGCGAACUACCGGACGCUGGUUCACCCUCGUCGAACCGUCGACGAAAGGUCGAAGAGCAAUCCGCAGAAGCGGCAGAAGUCGAAGCAGAUGUGAAGAAAGUUAAGGUCCUUAAUGGCGAACACCGGAACGGGACGACCGAUAACGAUGCUAUGGAAGUCGAUGAAGCAACCGGCUCGAAUGGACACUGUGUAGAACCACAGGAAGAAGCGGCCGGACCGAGUGAAUCAAAGCCUCAGUCACCGCGACGAAGCAGAAAGCGUGCGGCUUCGCAUGAGCCGGAAUCGACCGGGCGACAUUCAGUGAAGGAAGAGAUACAGCACUUCCUGGACGAGCAUCCGGCGAUCCGCAGCUUCAGCAACAGCCUCACACGUAAGGGCAAGAAGACGCGUACCUUCGUGAGCCGAUCACUGGAACGGGCGAAAUCAAUGGCCGACCGGCAGAUCGAUCGAGCCCGCGUGCAGAUGAACACACUACGUCGUAAGAAGGCCGCAUCGGAACCACGAGGUUUCCCGGAGCAGAAGAUCCUGAACCUGCGGGAGUCACCGCGACUGAACAAUCGCGAAAUUCCGGCCUACGUCGUGAGACAGCCGAGUGAUGAGGUGAUCGAGACCGUUGAUGAGGAAAAGAUCGUCAAGGUGACGGUGGACACGGAUGCCUCCAAGCGCACGGUUGUCGAGCCGGACGAGAUUAUUGAGCUGCCAAAGGAUGAGAAUCUGCUUCCAGAACCAACGGAGGAACCUGUAAUGGUCGUGGAAGUGUCCGCACCAGCCACAACUGGCCCAUCCGUUGCAGAGGAAGAUCGGUACGAGAUUAUCGAACCACCAAAAUCGACGGUAGCUGAUACCGUCCAGCAGAGUGCCGCAGUUGCCGAGCCACCUAUAGUUCCUGUGAAAGCCAAGCCACCUCUGAAAGCACCUCGCGAAAAGAAGGAACACCAUUACGAGGACAUUGAAGACCUGCCACCACAAGACUCGAAGGAUGCCGUUGUGGAGGUGACAGCAGAAGCAACACCGCUAGACGCUAAGCUCCAGCGGCAGGAUCAUGUUAGCGAGAGCAUAGAUCCCAUUCUCGGAGAGAUGCUGGGCAACGAGAAGAUCAAGAUCUCGCUUCAGCUGCAGGACGAGAAGUUUGUGGACGACAUGUUUGGUCGGCGGAAGCACCUCGAUGAGAUUCUGCAACAGUCAUCGGAAGACGAACGUGAGAAGGAACCGGCAGUAAAGACCGCAAACAAGGGCUUGCUGGCGCCAAUCUCGUCCAUCGAUUCAACAUCUUCAGAUGAGGAGGCUCGUCGGACGCACUUGGCCACCCUGGCAGAGGAGAGCGAUACUGGCAGCGUCGAUGGAGGCACACCAUGCAAGAAACAGGACUCACUGAAGGACUCCGAGUUGCCACCGGUACAGGAGUGUACUAAAGAGCUGGAGCUAACACCCGCUGAGGAACGACUGCUAAUGGAGGCGGGACAAACGUCAACGCCAUCGGAAACACCCAAAGCAGAAGAACCGUCGACUGCAGCGAAAGCGCAAUCGGAACCGGUGUCAGUGGUCGAAACGGAGCAAUCAAAGGUUGACACUCGUUGGUCAAAAAUGAGAGACAUAACGAGCACCCGGUCUCGACAGGGCAAGAUUAAUAGUGGUCAAAUUGAAGCCAAACAUUUCUCAAACACGCUGUGA